CUUUGUGUAUGUAUACUUCGUUUCUGCAAAGAAUCAUGUAUAUGGCAAUGAUUGCUACGCAGCGUAGAACAUACAAGUCAACGGCUGCAGUGACAAUUCUUAACAUGGACUGCUAUAUACAUAAGUACACUAAAGGGAACAUAAAAUGCAUUCAAACUGAAGGGGAUGUCAUCAAAUCCAACUCUAUUUGCGAUCCUCUCACCCCUCAUCAUCGGACUGGGUACUCUGUAUUCAAAGAAGGAUUCGAGCUCAACGUUUUGCUCCGAUCUCAAUUCCGACGUUCACGCUAGACUGCCCCCCCACAGUCUAAAAUCUGACCACGUACAUCUUCAUCAUCCGUACGUAGUAGUUGAGCCCGGGACCGGCAUUAAUAGAGCGCGUGCGAACGGUGACUCUCAGCGAAUUGUUCCUUCAUUGUCGUCCAUUGGAUUGUCUGUCGUUCAAAGUCUCCAGAUGUCUGAGAGGAGUGCGUGCCUCAUGAUUCGUGCUGGGAUAUCGCAGCUUUUUUCGCUCGCAGAGUGCACAACACCUCAGCUCGAAAUGUUGGAUAAGCAUGCACAUGAACAGGCUUGA